AAUAAACGUGUUAAUUUUUGUGAAGUAGUUUCUUUAAUGAAAAGUUUAUUGUUUUGCUAACUAGAAGAAAGGAGUGAAAGUUAAAUUGAAGCUACGCCGUGUCUUCAUAGUAUAUAAUGAUAUGAUAUGCCUACCGUUGAGCGUUUACAGUUGUCCAUAAAGUAUCGAGUUUCAUGAAGGUUUCGUGUAUAGCCAUGAUAAAACUAAUUCAAUUACUAUUUAUUUAUUUUAUUCAACAUACUAUUUGUGCCGGAAUAGAAAUAAGAAUUGAAGCAGAUGACGCUAUAAAAAUUUUGAACACUUUUGUAAUGUCUCCUAUAUAUAAAAGCAUUACAAAUGACUUCAGAAAAUCUUCUGAUUACAAUAAUCCAUAUCACCCCGAGGACGACAUAUUAUCUAACAAUGGAGUGAUGUCUAGUACACAAACAACAACCGAAUCGCCAGAAGAUGCUAAGCUUGAAACUGAUAACAAAAAGUAUAGCGGCAUAGUCAGUGAAGAUGAGUUGGUUGAUACUUUGGACGAGCCCAGUAUAAAUAAUGCUACAAUCCCAGAUAAUGAGUUUCGUCAGAAUGACACUAGCAUUUUAGAGAUCGUUGAUAAGAACAAUGACAUACCGAAAAUGAAUGAAGGGGAUAUUCAAGAUUAUCAGCCCUUGAAAAGAAGAUUUUCAGUUUUAAAAGGUUAAUAA